ACAGUUAUGAUCCACAGUUGGAUUUCAACCGGAUGGCGUUAGGUCUAGGCACGCCGACGCCGCUUCUGGCUCCUCCGGGCGCGACCGCGGGUGUUUCGGCCGAGCGGGAGCUCUCGCUCUCGCCCUCGCCGGUCCCCAUCCCCAUGCCGAUCCCAAGUCGCGUUGUUCACCCUAUCAUCCCCAGCCCCAUGUUCGCCUUACCCACGUUAAAUUUCACCGUUUCCCAAGUGGCCACCGUCUGCGAGACCCUCGAGGAAAACGGGGACAUCGAGCGCCUCGCCAGGUUCCUCUGGUCCCUCCCGGUCGCCCACCCCAACAUCAGCGAGCUCAACAAGAACGAGGCCGUCCUCCGGGCCCGGGCCAUCGUCUCCUUCCACAGCCACAACUUCCGCGAGAUGUACUCCAUCCUGGAGCACCACAAGUUCACCAAAGACUCCCACGGGAAGCUCCAGGCCAUGUGGCUCGAGGCCCACUACCAGGAGGCCGAGAAGCUCCGGGGCCGGCCGCUCGGGCCUGUGGAUAAGUAUCGAGUGCGGAAAAAGUUCCCGCUGCCCCGGACGAUUUGGGACGGCGAGCAGAAGACCCAUUGCUUCAAGGAGCGGACCCGGAGCCUCCUCCGGGAGUGGUAUCUCCAGGACCCCUAUCCCAACCCGACCAAGAAGAAGGAGUUGGCCCAGGCCACUGGGCUCACGCCCACGCAGGUCGGGAAUUGGUUUAAAAAUCGACGCCAAAGGGACAGAGCAGCUGCCGCCAAAAACAGAUGGCACUCACACUUCGCCGAGCAGCUGAGUUCGUCAGAUAAAUCUAGGGAUGCAUAUUAUCCGCCCCAGUCUCACCUUUUGGGCAGUUUAUCAGAUUCAAAGUUGCAGGAUCAGCAGGCGCACGGGCACGGGCACAGGAGCCGGAGCCCCCCGCCGGGUUCUCCGGGCGGCGAAGCCGGGAGCAGCCUCUCCGACUCGGAUAUAAGCCUCGGGGCCCCGUCCCCCGGCCCCCCACCCACCAGCCAAGUUCCUUACAAACCUCUCGCCCUCCACAGACCCUUCUCGCCCGCCAAGCCCUACUCGCCCAGGAACCUCGAGGCCACUCGUUGCUGAGCCUAAGUUCACGACGCAUUUGUAAAGAUUACUCAAAGUUUUCCCCCUGAGGUUCGCAUUCCUUGAACGCACUUCUCGCCGAUCCUACAAAGCAGAGUCCAAGAGCUCAGGGAGCGUUCAUAAACUACAUAACGCACAUUUAAAGCAUGUUUGACCCCCUUCCCCUUUUAAAGCUUCGUAACGCAAUGGCGCACGUAGGGACUCCCUGGGGAACGAAGCUGUUUAAGGAACAACUACGAAUAAUUGAAAAUUGUUUGUGAUUCAAGGAAUGCACCUUGGCAUUUUAAGCAUAAAUUAUACGUUCGUCAAUAAAGGACGAAAUAAUUCGUCAGGCGUAACUUUGAAAGUUGUAAUUAUAAGAUUUUCUGGUUCUGACCCUUUUGACUGGACCGUCUAGUUGUAAAUGAAUGCAACCACCAAAAGCCAAUCUUCAAGAGUAUGAGAAUAACCAUAAAGAUUUAACAAUCCCUCAUAUUUUUGAUGAACACCUCCCCCCCCCCCCAAGCGGUCACAUUAUGGCAGCUUUAAUUGUAGUUUGUUUCAGAGGGUUUUUAAAUAUGAUGUUCACGAAACAUAGUUUAAAGCUCACCACAGUGCUUUUUAAUAUUUUGGAACACCCCUUGCGUUGGGAAGGGUACAAAACGUUUUUCGCUCCACUACCAUUGAAAUGAAAAUGAAAAUUUUAAACCAAGAAAGUGCCAUUUAAUAGCGAUUUCGACAGUAUAGAUUAUGAAUUAGAACGAUGCAUCUAUUUCCUUGAUGGACAGUCAACCCGCAAGUAUCUGAAAUGAGAACAACUUUGCAUUCAAUUUCGACUAGACGGCUCAAUAACACAAAAUUAUAUGUUGGUUCUCCGAUUUUGUUUAUUAUUUUUUGUAAUGAAUUUAUUUAUUUAUUUGUUCAUUUGUAUCAUCACCGUAGAAUGGGAGUGGACUGGCGGAAAAGAGGCCUCAAAUAGAGCUCAGUGACCCUUUCGAUAAAUCUUUAAAAAUCAAACACGCUAGAUAUUUCUUUUGUGAAAUAUUUCCAGGUGUUACCAAAAAUGGUCAAAUCAAGCAUUUGACGAAACAGCAGUGAGUCUGUUAAAUAUCGAAUAAUUCAGUUUUAUGCCGUGUUUAUUAAAACAAAAAAGAAAGUGCCGUGGACAAUGAACUGAUAUCAUUUGAACAUAAGUGCGAGAAAAGUAGUUAAACGAUCAAUAGGUAAAUGAAUCGAGAAGGUUGUCGACAAUUAUGAAAAAGUCGUUGCUUUCCAACAUUUGCCUAUUCGCCAUGGUGUUUUAUAAAGUGAUGUUUGAUUUUACAGUUUUACGAUAAAAACAAUGACCAAAGAUUUUUACUGAAAAAGGUAAAACAAAGGCCCUUUUCAGCUGGCUUUCCAGCAGUUUGUCUACAAGCCAUUCCACUCCUGUUGUAAACUUAAAAUCAGUAGAGGGGCGUGCUUUGCGAUUUAUCGAUUGAUCCUCCAUUUAAACCUGUGGAAUAGGACCGAUGAACAGGGUGUUCGCAACGAAUACCUUAAAAUAAUCGAUCUCUCACUACAACUUUAAAUGGGGAGAUAUCGAAAAAUGAUCAUUCACGCCUCGCCACUGCAAAAUAUAAGGCAAUAAGUCACCGGGAGACCACUAGUGCAAUUAAAAUAAAAAUGAAGGAACAUUUUAUUACUUCGCAUGGCUUUCUCCCCUCCAAACAGAUAAGUGUGAAAUACUUGGAAAAAAUGUCAUUAAAUGACGUAUACUCAAGUCAGAAGAAUUUAGUGUCUGGAAUGAUAUUUUUCUUGACUUCCUGAAUGCUUUUUUUGUUGAAAAUCAACGAUUCUUGCUGGUCAUUUUAAAUCAAUUCAUAUCAGUGUUAUUCUAUAAAAUGUAGUCGGUGUUUGUAGAUGACAGGUGAUUUAAGCUUCCGUUUGCGGGGUAAAGUUUUAGAAAUUAGACAUUUUUUACCGCAACUGUAUGAUAAUAAUUAUUUGAAAAAAUUACUUUGAUUCCAACGAAUUAAUGCGAAUCCGUUUGAAAGAAAUCUUUAAAUAAAGAACGUAGCAGUUACUUUUAUACUAUAGUAUUAUUAAGACAUUUGAUUUCGAAUGAAGUGUAAAUUAAACUAAUGAAGUUUUUAUUUUCUCAAUUGGUCCUUAGUUUCCAAAUUAUCGAACGGUUCAGGAGAACACCUAGAAAAACACCAUAUUUUGAAAGAUUAGUGAAGAGUGCGAUAUAUGAAGGAAAUCAUUUUAAUUUAACGAAAAAUAUUCGUCUGAGUUUUUACAUGCGUUAAAUUUUAAAAGACUAAAAUUUUUCAAAUUAUAGUUCAUACAAUACUUUUACAAUGAGGAUUGUAAACAUGCAAUUGCAUCUCUAAUAUUUCCUUGUAAUUUUGAUUGAAAAGCGAUACCUUUAACAGUGGCGUGGCGCGUUUUGCGAUAUAUCGAUUGAUCCUCCAUUUAAACCUGUGGAAAAGGAUCGAUAGACAAGGCGCUCGCAACGAACACUUUGAUAAUCGAUUCUUUACCACAGCUUCAAAUGGGAAAAUAUCGAUAAUCGAUCGUUAACGCCUCCCCUUUGUCCCUUUAAAAAAUGAAUCUUGCAAAACCCUCAAACCAACCGCCUAGUUUCUCCUAUUAAUCGAAACAGAUCAUCAAAAUGAGACUCAUAAGAGAAAUAAACUUCAAAGGAGGAACGUAUCUCCCCUCUCUUCAUUAUUAAUAAGAAUAAGAAGAUAAUUUAUUUGAUAGUUUUUCCUAUUUUAUGGUGCUGAAUAAAUUGUCUAAUUUUAUUAUCCCACCGCGCACACCUAAAUUUGUUCGACAAAGUAAAGUAAAAUGACUAAUAAAAACUGAAUCAUUUUGAACUUUUCCUGACUAGCAUUAUUUUCUUCUAGGUUUGUUCAUUAGUCUCGAGUCUUGAAUGUUUACUAUAUGUCUCAUGUAAAAUUGUGUAAGUUAUAAUUUUAGACGAAUGGCUGUGUAAAACAUACACAAGUAGCCUUUAUAGGCCACCUGUUUUGUUUUUAAAUUGUAAAUAAAUAUUCAGUUAAAGUUCUUCUGUACUACUGUUUAAUCUCAACGAUACAACCACAGUGAAAUAAGAUGCCCCUGAAUUUACAACAACAAUUCAUACUUCAGAUCUCAGAUCAUACCAGUGUAAUAAAAUUUAUCACCGAAAAUUGUCGGCUCAAAGAGCACCCGUCGCACAGUGGAUCGAGUCAAUAGAAGAGGUCGGACAAAAUUUGGAAACUUUAAACGCUUAUAACUCCGUUAACACAAAACUUUGAGAGUCUAAAAGUCGUUCCAUUGGUUUCCUCGUGAAAUCCUCUUACAAAAGUACCCCUUGAAAUUUAAACUGUGACGGAAUAAACAUCCAAAUUCGCAUUUUUAGUCAGCAAUUUCAUGUCUGACCUCUUUAAUUGACUCAAUCCACUGUGCGUUGGUUUUGCUAAACCAUUGUUUGUAAGUGGUUUGGAUAAACGAUGGAUUCAAUGAACGCAACUGGAUGAUGAUAAUUAAAUUUGUCCCCAAAAGUGCUAAUUUCCAUCACUAUUUUCGAUUCCCACUGCAAUAUCGAAUGAACUUGCCGCGUGUACAUGGUGUGUUCUUGCUCUUUUAGUACAUUGUUCAUCAUAAAAAUCAAGCUGUAGAGUGAAGUUUUAUUUACCGUAAGCAAUAAUGAAUCAUCCAUAAUCGUUACAUAUCCAAAGUUACUUCUAAGGACAUAUCUGUGUGCUUAUAAAGUUUCACGGGUCCAAAAAAAGUCAAUAGUACCUCCAUGGACUGAAACGUUUUUGCAGAGAUGGCAUGCUGGAUAUUAAAACCAUUUUUGAACAUUUUCCUUUUUAGUUCUCAUGGAAAAGGCUAAAAUGAAAAGCUACCCAAGACUCUGUAGGUAAUCAAACAAUUUUUGGAUCGGAACAUAACUUUCAGCCUCAUAAUUAGCACUACAUGUUUCAACUUAGAAGUCCGAUUUAUGGCUCAUCAACGAAAACGCAUAUCUGCAUAAAAGGAAACUUAUAGCACAUAAAUUUUUUCUAAAAUGAGCCAGAAAUAAUACUAGUUCCUACACUGCAAAAUGUAGUGCAUUUUUGAGAAAAUUAUGUUUUUAACAAAGAUAAAGAGGAAAAUGAUUGAAAUGAUGUGCUAUGCGGUAUGCUGACACAGGAUAAAAUUUACAUCACGUCGAAAUAAAUCUGGAGAUUUUGUAUGUUACAAAUGUAAAUUCUCGGUAGAAGAAAUGAACCCUGAAAAAAAACGAAUGGAUGCAAAAGUAUGGGGAUAAAUCGAAAGUAAACUAAAGUAUAAAGGAAAAUGAAAACCAAAAACUGAUAUGCCUGUCGCAAUCAUAGCUUCAGAUCUAAUAAGUAUCGGUCCAUAUCAAACUUUAAACUCGUUAAGAAUGAUGAAAAUUCUCUAAGUCAAUUAUACGUUGUAUUGUAAGUACCUAUCCCAAAACUGUACUCGGUUUCCCUUGUGAGGAAAUGUAAUGAUAAAAACGCAAUAUUAUCAAUAAAGUAUAUCGUAGACAGAAUUAUGUUGAUUUCUAUAUUCUAUAAUGCAUAAGUCAUUGUACAUAAGCAUAAGUUUUUUUGUUAUACAGUUGUAAAUAUUUGCAUAUAAUUUAUGGUAUCGUAAAUAUACAAAAUUAUUCAUUAAAAUCGUAAUCAUCCGUCA